GUUCUUUACUCAUGUGAUUGGAUAAAAAUAUUUAAGUUUCUAUGAUUGUAAAAUUAGUAUGUAUGUAUUAUGAUUAGAGCAAUAUAUCUAUAUAUUUAUCCUAAUAAAUUUAAAGUCAAACGAAAUCUCAAGAUAUUUCCAAAAUAGAAAAAGAACGAGUUGUUAAGUUUCUAGACUUAUCUUUUUCUUUGGAAAUUUAAUAAAAAAAAUUGACUACAUUUUCCAAAGAUUUAUAUAUAAAUUUGUCUUCAAGAUUGUUUUUCAUUCAUCUUCCAAUUACCAAGUUUAUUGAAUUUUUAUUUACAAAAAAAAAAAUAAUUGUUAUGGAUGCCUCCAGAGUCAAUGUUAAUCGUGCUCCUUGUGCUCUAUGCACCACCAAAAACAAAAGAUGCCCCAAAAAUUGUGAAUUUGCACCAUAUUUCCCAGCAGAAAAACUCGGUGAAUUUGAAAGUGCACAUAAAUUAUUUGGUACACCAAAUAUUAUGAAGAUGAUGAGGCUCGUGUCCGAAGACGAAAACAAAGGAAUGUUGGCAUCGUUGGAAUCGUCCAUACUCAUCGAAAACAAAGAAAUGUUGGCAUCGUUCGAAUCGUCCAAACUCAUCGAAAACCAAGACAUGUUGGCAUCGUCCAUACUCAUGGAAGGUGAUGCUUGGAAAAAGGAUCCAGUGAGAGGUGGAUUUGGUAUUAUCCAAAAAUUAAAGUGGCAAAUUGAACUACGCAAACUCUACCUCAAUGAAUUAAAGGAGAAGAUUAAAGUUGAAAAGGAAAAAACUGAGCUCCGUCUUUAAAUUAUUGAUACAGUGUGUUAUAUAUCAUUUAUGGAUAUAGCAUACCUUAUAUUAUUGAUAUUGAUCUAUCCUUUAUUAUUUUCGAAUAAAUAAGACUGUUGUGAAUCAUAAAAAAAAAUUGAAAUAGAUGUUGAGCAUAGAUAACUAAUU